AUGCUGGAACGCGGAACGGUAACGCUGCUCGUGCUGCUCGCCGUGGCUCCGUCAGCUGAUCGGCUGGUGGCGGCAUUUCGCAAAUCGUUUGAAGAGCUCAGCGUCCACACGCUGCCAGAUUCGGGUUCACUGGACGAUUGCCCGCUGAGGCUACAGAAGCGAGCAAGCGACGAACCGGUGUCUGCUCCGACGGAAGAGUAUCCUUCGUUUUCACGACAAUUCGCCCAUCUGGCCGCGCUCGGCUGGAAGUCAGCCGGUGGCAGUGCAGCGGACAUCGAGUGGCGCUGCAGUGGCACUCUGAUUGCCGAGGACUUUGUGCUCACCGCGGCCCAUUGCACCCAGGACGAAGGUGCGGAGCCGACGGUGGUGCGGCUGGGUGAUCUCGACCUGUACGACGCCAAAGACGAUCGGUACGUGCAGCAGAUCGCGAUCGCCGAGAUUAUCCGACAUCCGGAGUUUAACUUCAACAGUGCGUACCACGACGUGGCCCUCCUGCGACUGCAGCAGUCCGUGACUGUCAACGAUUUUGUCACGCCGGCCUGCCUCUACACGAACGAUUCCCUGCCGUUCAAUACGCUGCACACCACGGGCUGGGACUUUUAUGCCGAAGUGUCACCACCGAUCGUGAGCAGCCCGUUGCGUGUGAUCGCGCAGGAUCGGUGCAAGUUUUGGUACCGCGAUAACAAGGAAGCGUUCCGGAAGGGCAUCAACCGGAUGCUGAUGUGUGCGGGCGAUGAGCAGCUCAAGAGCUGCCCCAGCGACACGGGCGGUCCGCUGCAGGUGCAGCUGCUGUCCAGCUCCCGGUACACCCCGUUCGUGGUCGGUGUUUCCGCCCUUGGGGUGCCCUGCGGAGCGACGACACCCGGCGUGUACGCCAAGGUCCCUCACUACAUCCUGUGGAUCGAAUCCGUCACGAAACGGGCCUUCCAUCCGCCGGACUGUGUCGUGCGACACAUUUCGAAGCGCGAGCGUGACACAUCGCUGGUCGCUCCGGAACUGAAGACGCCCGUCCAGGAGACCCACCAGACCGGCAAGCGGAGCACGGUGGCGGCAAAUCCUUUGCGUGCUAAAUUGCACGUAUUCAAAGAAUUUAAGUGCGCCGUCGGGGUGGAAGGCGAGAACGUGGAGUGGCUUUGCGGUUGCACAAUUGUUGCACAGGACUUUGCACUGACGUCGGCCCGGUGCGUCAAGGAUGUCGACGUCGAUGUGGUGAACUAUCGCAACGACUGGAAGAAGGUGGCCGAAGUAAUCUUCCACCCGGAGUACGACAGGAAGACGCUCUACAACGAUCUGGCCCUGAUUCGGCUGCAGACCGACAACCGCAAUCGGUACGACUGGAAGGCGGUGUCGUGUGUGGCCGCUCCGGCCCGCGACGAUGAUCAAAGGGAGUACCUUUCGUUCGGAAUCGGACCCCACAACCUGGCGGACGAUGGGCUCACCGAUGGCAGUACGGACACCGCCGAACGGUACCUGACCGCGACCCUGCAGCUGCUGGAGAACGGCAACUGCACCGCGGCGUACGAAGGAUACGGAAUCCUGAAGGCGGGCCUAAACGAGACCCAGUUCUGUCUGGGGGCCGGCACGGAUCACCUGGUGCCGGGUGCCUGCGAGCCCUGGAACGGCAACGAAGUGCUGAACGAGAUUCGUCCUCUCGCCGACUCGAACCCCUUCCCGGAGGACCUGGUCGGUGUCAGUUCGUACGCACCGGAGUGCGGGUUCGGGCGGCGGCCCCUGGUCGCGUCCAGGGCGGCCGCAUUUCUCGGCUGGAUGAACAGCGUCGUCUACAAGGCCACCGACAUCCACCGCGUGCCGCAGGUGCUGGUGGAGAAGGAGCUGGCGCUGGACUACAUCUGCGAGGCCUCGGACCGGGAGGCGGGCGUGUGCGUACACAUCGACCACUGCUCGCACCGGGCACUGGCCAAGGACGUGGUGAAGGUGUGCACCAACGAGACGGCCACCAUCGUCUGCUGUCCGGUGAACUCCUUCAUCGCCACCGCUCACCUGCCGCUGCUGACCGAGUGCGAAGCGAACUACCAGCGGUUCCGCAAGAAGUACGUCGAGUUUGCCACCGCUCCGGACGGGACGGCGGCGGCUGGCCGGCCCCUGGCCGACGGAGACCAUGCGCACUCGGCCCUGAUCGGGUGGAAAGUCAACAGGACGGCCACGGCGUGGCACUGCAUGGGCACGCUCAUUAACCUGAACACGGUCCUCACGACGGCCGGCUGCGCCAACAGUGUCCGCAGACGGAGCCCGGAUGUGAUCAGCGUCGGCGAGACGGACGUCGCGCGGAUCUACGACGGAGCGGCCCAGCUGGUGCGCGUCAAGGAAACGAUCCGCUACCCGAGCUACAACCCGAAAACGCACGAGUACGACAUCGCGGUGCUCAAGCUGGAAUCCGACGUUCUUCCCAGUGCGAACGCCAUCCCGGCGUGCUUGUGGCGAGACCUGAACCGAACUCCGUACUACGGCCAGGCGGUCCACUUCGAUGGUCAGUCGCUGUCGGUGCGGGACAAGAACUUGGUGCACAACCGGGACUGCAAGCUGUUCACGUCGCACACCGAACUCAACAACGAUCAGCUGUGCUGGCAGGCGUUCCGGUUGCGCCCGGACGGGGCCGACGGGCCCAACUGUGGCCGCAAGGGCGAUCCGCUUAUUACGCUGCAGCGAAGCAACAACAUAUACCUGCCGUACCUGGUCGGCCUGUACAGCCACGACCAGCAGUGCGCCGGCGGGGAACCGAUCGCGGCCACACGCAUCUCGUCCUACAUCAAUUGGAUUAGUCUCUACAUGUAGCGGACUCGGAUGCCGCGGACAGAUGCAGUAAUGCUUUGGUGGUCGGUGUGUAAUUGCAAUAAUUGUUCCGCCGUAGCUCUGUAGCGUGGGUCCAACGCCAGGACGUGCGAGAUCGAGAUGCUGUGCUCUGUCGCACUCCAUUCGGCUAUGGUCAGGUUUUUCUUUUGGAGCAAUUUGCAAUAAAAUUCGUUUUCCUUUCGAGGGAGCGAGAGAGCGGAGGACACGUUCGGUAACACCACCGUGCGAACAGUAAUGCGUCGGCAGCCGUCGAUUGAAUCCACCAG